UCAGAGUAAAUGGAAAGAUCAAGUGAACAAAAAGUCAGUGGUCUGAGAAGAAAAUUGAGUUUUGAUAAAAAACUUUGGAGAAACAUAUGAAAGUAAAAGUGAACGAAUUCUAAACAUUGUGAUAAAAAUUGUGAUUUUUCUGUUAAUUAAAUUCAACGUUACAUACUUCAAAACAAAACGAUGCCUGAGAUUAUUGAACAACCCAAACAAGUACCUUUUGGAAACUGCUCAGUACCUCAACAAAACAAGAACCAGCAAACCAACUUUGGCUUAUAUAGUCAUAUACGUGGUACCAAUGUUUCUUACGGCAAUGUAUCCAAUUUGACACCCGCUGUCAAAAUCUUUGUUGAGGAGUCAGUAGCUCUUUGCCAACCCGAUCAAGUGCACAUUUGUGAUGGAUCCGAUAUUGAAAACAAAAUAUUGCUGAAAUUGAUGUUGGACGAUGGAACCAUUAUACCUCUUCCUAAAUACGAAAAUUGUUGGUUAGCUCGCACGAAUCCUGCAGAUGUUGCACGUGUAGAAGCUCGUACAUUUAUAUGCACUGAGCAAAAGAAUGAAAGCGUUCCUACACCAAUAGAAGGUGUAAAGGGUACUCUAGGUAAUUGGAUUUCUCCAUCAAGCUUCGAUCAAGCAAUUCAAGAGCGUUUUCCUGGCUGCAUGAAAGGACGUACAAUGUACGUUGUUCCAUUUAGUAUGGGUCCAUUGGGUUCACCACUCUCAAAAAUUGGAAUCGAAGUCACCGAUUCACCAUAUGUCGUUGCUUCUAUGCGCAUCAUGGCCCGCAUGGGUGCACCAGUCCUAGAGCAAUUGAAAAAGCAAGAGGAGUUUGUACGUGCUUUACAUUCAGUUGGUAAUCCUUCCAACGGAGUUAUUGAAUACUCUUCAUGGCCGUGUGAUCCAGAGCGUACUAUUAUUUUGCAUAAACCUGCUAAGAAUUUAAUAGUUUCUUACGGUUCGGGUUAUGGAGGUAAUUCCCUUCUUGGCAAAAAAUGUUUUGCAUUGCGUAUUGGUAGCACCAUAGCUAAACGUGAAGGUUGGUUGGCGGAACAUAUGCUUAUUUUGGGCAUUACCGACCCGAAAGGAGAGAAGAAAUACAUUACCGCGGCAUUCCCUUCAGCUUGCGGUAAAACUAACUUGGCUAUGUUGAAUCCAUCUCUAGCCGGAUACAAAGUGGAAUGUGUUGGUGACGAUAUCGCAUGGAUGAAAUUCGACAGUGAAGGAGUUUUACGUGCUAUAAACCCCGAAAAUGGUUUCUUUGGUGUUGCUCCCGGUACUUCUGUAGAAACUAAUCCAAUCGCCAUGGCUACAAUUUUUAAAAAUACGAUUUUUACCAAUGUGGCCUAUACCUCAGAUGGUGGUGUUUACUGGGAAGGUAUGGAGAGCAGCUUGGCUCCAGGUGUCCAAAUUACUGAUUGGCAUGGCAAACCUUGGACUAAGGAUUCAGGCGAGCCAGCCGCACAUCCUAACUCUCGUUUUUGUACACCAGCUGCCCAAUGUCCCAUUAUUGAUACCCAUUGGGAGAAUCCACAAGGCGUUCCAAUCAGUGCAAUUUUGUUUGGCGGGAGACGACCAGAAGGAGUACCCUUAAUAUAUGAGUCACGCAGCUGGGCUCAUGGAGUGUUUGUUGGUGCAGCAAUGCGCAGUGAAUCAACAGCUGCUGCUGAACAUAAGGGCAAAGUAAUAAUGCACGAUCCUUUCGCUAUGCGUCCAUUUUUUGGUUAUAAUUUUGGCCACUACGUCCAACAUUGGUUGAGUAUGGAAAACCGUGGAAACGUUCCCAAAAUUUUUCAUGUCAACUGGUUCCGCAAAGGCUCGAAUGGAAAAUUCAUUUGGCCUGGAUAUGGUGAGAAUUCACGAGUUUUGGAAUGGAUUUUGCGUCGGUGCAGUGGAGAGCAAUGUUAUGCUGAUGUUGCUAUAGGUAGAAUACCAGCCGAGGGGGAUCUUAAUUUGGAAAGCAUGAAGGUCAACAUCGAUUACAAAGAACUAUUCUCUUUGCCAAAGGAGUUCUGGUUGGAAGAGGUAUCGGAAAUUCGUAACUACUUUGAAUCUCAAGUAGGAUCCGACUUGCCUGAAGAUAUUUAUAACGAAUUAAACCAACUUAAAGAACACGUUGCGCAAAUUUAAAUUGUAUUGAAUACUCAGAAUUUAUUAAACUAUACUGUAUAGAGAUUUUAACUACUUUUAAAAAGCAUGUGCCAUAUAAUGUAUUUAGAAUAUAACAACAUUCAUCUGUAUUUAUUUAAACGAUUUGAUGUGUUGUGUUCAGGAAUUCAUGUAAAAAUUGCCGAGAGCAGAAUUUGUAAAAUCUGUUGAUUUCACAUUUUUCAUCCAUUAGGAACAUACGUGCGAAAGGGGACACGUUUUACUUAAAAUAGCGACUCG